UCCCCUCAAAUCCCUUUUGGAAAAAAAUACCAAAAAAUCCCUUAAAAAAUGGUUGUGGUCCCUGCCUUGGGUGCCGCUGCCUCCUCCGUGGCUGGCCUGCUGUUUAAGGCCAGUUCUGCCUCAACAGUUGCCGCCUCAGCUGGCCUGGCGGUGGGAGCUUCCAAAUUGAGUCUGGCCAUUGCCGGGGCCAUUAAAUUGGCCACUGCCAUAAUUGGUGUGGGUAAACUAACAAUUAUCCCCUUUCUGAUAGCCGCCAUUGCCUAUUACAAUUACGAUUUAUUCGAUCCCGAAAAUCGCCCCUUUAAUGUGAAAGAAGUUGAUCGGGUCUAUGAUUUCAUAAUUGUUGGUGGUGGUUCGGCGGGUUCGGUGCUGGCUUCGAGGCUAUCGGAAAUACCACAUUGGAAGAUAUUGCUGCUGGAGGCGGGUGGCCAUGAAACGGAAAUAUCAGAUGUACCGCUGCUGUCGCUGUAUCUGCAUAAAAGCAAAAUGGAUUGGAAAUAUAGAACCCAACCGCAAAAUACCGCCUGUCAGGCCAUGAAGGACAAACGGUGUUGCUGGACACGUGGCAAAGUUUUGGGUGGCAGUUCUGUGUUGAACACCAUGUUGUAUAUUCGCGGAAAUCGUCGCGACUUCGAUCAAUGGGCAUCGUUUGGUAAUCCUGGCUGGAGUUAUGAGGAUAUUUUACCCUACUUCCGUAAAUCUGAAGACCAAAGGAAUCCCUAUCUGGCCAAGAACAAGAGAUACCAUGGAACGGGUGGCCUUUGGACGGUCCAGGACUCACCCUACAACACUCCGCUGGGUCCGGCAUUUUUGCAGGCCGGCGAAGAAAUGGGCUAUGACAUUGUGGAUGUAAAUGGCGAACAACAAACCGGUUUCGGUUUCUAUCAAUUCAAUAUGCGUAGAGGUUCAAGAGCCUCGGCGGCCAAAUGUUUCCUAAGACCGGCCCGCCUGAGAAAAAAUCUACAUGUGGCCCUGUUUUCUCAUACCACCAAAAUUUUGACCCAUCCCGAAACGAAGAGAGCCACCGGGGUGCAAUUUAUACGCAAUGGCAAGUUGCAGACAGCCUAUGCCACCAGGGAGGUCAUUUUGUCGGCUGGAGCAAUAGGGUCACCCCAUUUGAUGAUGUUAUCGGGCAUUGGGCCGGCAGAGGAAUUGCAAAGGGUUGGUCUGCCCUUGGUCCACCACUUGCCAGGUGUGGGACAAAAUCUCCAGGAUCACAUUGCUGUGGGUGGCAUAGCCUUCUUGAUUGACUAUCCCAUUUCGGUGGUCAUGAAUCGCAUGGUGAACAUAAAUACGGCCCUGCGUUAUGCCAUCACGGAGGAUGGUCCGCUUACCUCCAGUGUGGGCCUGGAGGCCGUGGCCUUUAUCAAUACCAAAUAUGCCAAUGCCAGUGAUGACUGGCCGGACAUUAGUUUUAUGAUGACCUCAGCCUCGGUCAUGUCGGAUGGUGGCAGCCAAGUGAAGGAGGCUCAUGGUCUAACUCAGGAAUUCUAUGACUAUAUGUAUGGGGAGGUAAGCAAUCGUGAUGUGUUCGGGGUCUUUCCCAUGAUGUUGAGGCCCAAGAGUAGAGGUUUCAUAAAAUUGGCCUCCAAGAACCCGUUGCGUUAUCCCCUGCUCUAUCACAAUUAUUUGACCCAUCCGGAUGAUGUGAAUGUGAUGCGAGAGGGUGUCAAGGCCGCCGUGGCCAUGGGUGAAACCAAAGCCAUGAAAAGAUUUGGCGCGCGAUUCUGGUCAAAACAGCUGCCGAACUGUAAACACUUGCCCCACUACACCGAUGAGUAUUGGAACUGCGCCAUACGUCAAUAUACCAUGACCAUUUAUCAUAUGUCCGGUACAGCUAAGAUGGGACCACCCACUGAUCCCUGGGCAGUGGUGGAUCCUCAGCUGAGGGUGUACGGGGUGCCAGGUUUGCGGGUAAUUGAUGCCAGUAUUAUGCCUACCAUCACCAAUGGCAAUAUCCAUGCCCCUGUCAUUAUGAUUGCCGAAAAGGGGGCGGAUAUGAUCAAGGAGCUGUGGCUAACGCCCUCGGAGUAUAGAAAAAAGAGGCAACUCGAGGAGCCGUUGGAGUUGCACAAUGUAACGGAGACCUUGCAGCAGGAGGAGCGGGGGACAACGUUCAGUAAUUUAAAUGGCAACUCAUAG